AUGGUGGCGGUGGCGCGUCAGCAGCAGGAGCUUAACGUCCGCCCGAGGCAAUGGGCGCCCAAGCAGCAUCUUGGAUGCGCCGCUCGGACGGGGAUCCCGGAGCCCAGCCUGGCGCGGCGGCAAGAGAAGUGCAGCAGGGAGCGGGAUGGAGGAGAAUCCAAGGGAAGUUCUGAAGACGCUUUAUGUAGGCGGGAGGAUGGUAGUGGUCACGGAUCGACCAUUGAAAACAAAAUAGAAAUGGAACCAAAGAUGGAAGUAAUAAGGAAAAAUAUAAAGGGUUUAUUUUUGGUGGAUCAAAAUUGUCUGAAAAAAUUUACAAUUCCUAAAAAACCUCCUGAUAAAGAUUUUUUAACAGAGUGCCUUGCUAAUCAGAGGGACUAUAAUGAGAUUAAACAACGUCUGAAUGAAAAUUGCCUUGAUAUACAGUGCCAUUUGGAAUCUUUAUGGAAGUUUCAUAAAAUAGAGAUGGUUCAUAAUAAAGAUUUGGAAGAAGAAUUCAUUGCAAAAAGGACUGAGUUGCGUGAAGAAGGAAAGCAAGAUAAAGAACUCUCUAGCUUUUUAGUUGUCUCUAGAGAUGAAGUGACACAAAUUUGUCAGAAUGGCCUAUGUACCGGUGAUUCCAAAAGAGAAAUAAACAUUAUGAAAGAACUAGGAAAUCCUCAACUUGGAGUUUACUUGUUCCGAUAUGUUGAUAUUGCUUUGAAUUAUGCAUCCAAAUAUUCAUUUCCAGUAGAAAAUAUAAUUAUAUUCAGGGUUCUUUUAGGAAAAGUUAAAAAGGUUCAACCACCUAAAAGCCAAAAGAAAAUUGUACUGGAUCCAACUCCAAAUUUUGAUUGUCAUAUGUCUAGAGUUCAUCCUUCACUUAAGGAUUCUUUGGAGGAUCAGGCUACUGGGUCUUUGGUAUAUUUUUAUGAAUAUAACGAACAUUCAAAACCUGUGGAUAAGCCUAGGCAAUGUCUUCCAUAUGCUGUAAUACAUGUAAAAUCUGUUAAUCAGAAGGGAGGGGCUGACUCCUUCCUAUCAUCUUUGAAGUGUAAACUUAAAAGAUUACCCAAGCACACUGGCGGAGUAAUCCCUUUGGAAAAUUGUACACGGGUGACAAGGAUAGGUAAAAGCCAACUCAUCUACGAACAUUUCAGAAAACCAUUAGAAAUGUGUGUAUCUGGAGAAGUUUCUUCUUUUUCUAAAAGCAUACAGAACUGGAAUGAUUCUGAAGACAAAAUUCAUUGUGAAAAAAAGAAACACAAGCCAGCUACAAGAUGGGAUUUAACACAAACAAAAGCAAAUAUUCCAUGUAAAUCUGGUACGGAAGCCAGCAUAGGUAUCAGAGGUGAACAUGUGGGGGAUGAUAAGAACACUAGUUUAAAAAUAAAUCUGGAAGAUUUUUCUAACUGGGAAGUUGGUUCAAGUACUGUAACUACUUCAAGGUUAAUUAAAGAUCCAAGAUUAACAAGAAGAGAACAGAAUGUGGUAAAGCAAAAUGAAGAACUUAUUAUGAAACCACCUUUUUAUAAUGACACAAGUAUAAGCACAUGCAAACCAAGCCCUGACAAUAUAACAUCUAGCAAAGUCAAGAAGCACAGUCAAGGAGAAAUGGGUAGCCAGUUUCAAGGGGGUGCUAUUUUUUCUUCUGAAAUAGAGCGUUCUAUUCAAUUUGACACCAAAUGCGCUACAAAUAAUUGUACUUCAUCAAAAGCAGAGCAUUGUGGUAAUAAUUUUCGGUCUUCCUGCUGUAAAAAAAUGUAUGCUUCUGAAUGGCCUUCAGAUGAAAUCACAUCGGAGAAUUUUGAACAAAAUAAGCUUCAAACUCUGAAAAUUUUAAAUCUAAAAUCUAAAAACUCCAAAAUAGCUGAAAGCAAUCAAAAAGAUAAGCAAAUAUAUUCAGCAUCUGAAAAAGCAAAAAAAUCCCUAGAUAAUGAUUAUACAAUACACAAUAUCAAAGAAAAAUCUUCCAAAAGAAUUAUCAAUGUAGACAGCCUUGGGUACCAUCCUUCUGAUACCUGUCUAACUGAUGCUAUUAUAAGAGGUCUCAGUGAAAAAAGUCUAUGUCUUUCCAAGCCAGAAUUGUUAAACAGAAAUAAUUUUGAGGAUAGGAUAUGUAUUUCCUUAUUUACUGAAGGACAAAAAAACCGUGAAACAAGCAACACAGGGGAAACAUGCUUUAAUGAAAUACAUGUAAACCAAUUAGAGGAGAAGGUUCCAUGUGGACUAGAAGGCAGAAAGUAUAAAUCUGCAACAGAAACUGCAUUUAAAAAUGCAACAGAAAGCUCAUCAAGCAAAAAGCAAGAGCUUGAUAAGAAGGUUUUGAAGAAACCGGGAGAUAAUAUGAACAAUUAUACAGAAACAUUAAAAAAUUCAGAUACUUUAGAUUUAGAAAGCACAGAUUUAGUUUUUAAUUUGAAUCUUCAAAGAAGCACGUUAAUAGAAACAGAGCUAACAAACAUAGAACAUUGCAAAGGGAAGUUUAAAGAAUUGAAAACAUUGCCUACUAAAAAUGACUUGACAGAUCACAAGAAAAUAAGUCAUACAGUGUUACUCACAUCAGUUCCUAAAUGUUUGGGGAGUAUAGGAAAUACAGAAAUCAAGCAGCCUGAAAAUACAUCUUCAAAUGUCAGUUCUGAUAGCUUUUGUAGUCAAGUUCCUGAAAUGUUUGGGCAAGAUUUAGAGAUGAAAAGUGAUAACAUCCACAGCUUAGACAUGUGUGGUGAGAUUGAAAAUGUACAAGAGUGUAAGAAAGGUCUCCCAGGGUGGCACAAGCCACAUAAUCAUGGAAAUAUUAGUGAAGAGGAUGUCUAUUAUUAUUUACAAGCACGUUUAGAUUGGGAUAAUAUGUUUGGAAAAUCUGGCUCGAACGUAAAUCUUUCAAAAAAUCCAACUUUGAAGGAGAAUAAAGAUAAUUCUUUAUAUAGGGAAAAAUGUGGGAAGGAAAGAGGAACUCAGUUAUUGAAUACAUUUCCAUUCCCUGAUUUACAAAUUACAAUAACCAAUAUAGUCCAGUCAAAAUUAGAAACUAAAAUGGAAAAAUGUACAACUAAAUCUUCAGCACCCCAAAAAUGUAUUAAGUGGUCAAGAGGGGGGGAAAAGAAAAAAUACAAAAAGGAACAGCAAAAUUCCAAACAGUAUCGCAAAAAGAAAGAACUCAACAUACAGUCUUCACCCCAGAUUUCUUCACUAUCCAAGGGACAAUUAAAAAAUACCAAGCAGCCUGAAAAACAUAUUAAGAAUAUUUUAAGUGCCCUUGACAACACUGAAGCCUUGUUAUACAAAACCCAAUGCCCAUCUCAAAAAAUAAUUGGUGCAAUGUUUCACCUAAGAAAAGCUCGGAAGAGUGUUCAGAGUUUAAAAACAGUGACAAAAGCUGGAAGAAAAUCUCCAGACAGUGGAUUCUCGAAAGCAAAAGGCAUCUUACCGAAUGGUGUCUUAGUGUUAGAUGCUUUGGAAACAUUAGAUUGCAGUACAGAUAUAUCUUUGAGCAGCGAUUGUACGAAAAAUAAAGCAAUAAAAACAGUCCCUGAAAAAAUUAUCUUAGAUACUACAGAAAUUAAAAGCAUAGAGCCACUUAGCGCUAAGCCUAUCAUAGGCAACAAAAAAAGAUUUGCUGGGAAAGGACUUUUGGGAAAUACGCAAAAAAAGAAUCAAGAGAAGGUAGUUACAGCCAUGGAAAACAAGCACACUUUGUAUUCUGGCACGAACAGCUGUAGAAGCAAAACAGAUGGAAAUCAAUUUAACUCUUCUUCCUGCCUUAAUACAUUUAGUAAAACAACUGAACAGGAAAUGUAUACUGCAGAGAAUAGGCAUUGUAAAUCAUUGAGCAAGUCAGUUGAACCCCAAAGAAAUAGUAACAGAAUACCAUCUUGUGGUGAUCUGCUAUCUCCUACAUCUCUUGAAGAUAAUAAUUUGUGCCAAUCAUCUCACCGUUGUGUAUUACAGAAACCUGAAGAGGAAAAUAUAAAGGAAAGAGAACUACCAGAAACCAUGACUGACUCUGCAACUGAAAAACUAGAUAUAAUCUAUGGCACUCCUCUGAAGUCAUUAAAUAACCUAGAUUUAAGGCAAAAAAACUUGAAACAAAUAAAUCAUAUCAUACUUAGGGAAUCCACAUGCACACAGACUUCCCCAGGUAAUACUGAUAACUGUGACCAGCUUCAUUUUAAUUCUCCACUAACUGCAGUUUAUCAUACCAUGCCUGAUAAAACAAACAAACCCUUCACUAGCACUGAGGCCAAGCAAAAUGAACACUAUUUUUCAAGCACCUCUUCUAAUUAUUGCAGAGAUUUCAGCAAUCACAUCAAACUUUCCAAAAUAGGAAUUGGUCCAAAAUCCUGUGAUUUCAGCUCUAAAAUAUCAGAGAUCUUACAAAAGGCAGAUAAAACUUCAUCUCUGAAUAUACUGCACGAACAGGUUUCAUAUUGUAAAAGUGCUCUUCCUUGGUUCAUUACAGCUUUUGAAAAAAAGCAAGGUUGUUCUUUUGAGCAUGCUCUGAUUUCUAGGGAAAUACUUGGAAGCUCUAAUGGAAAUACGCAGGUGAGUCAGAAAUUAAAACCUUGUGCUAUAGAAGCAUUAGUUGAGCUGCAAAUUAUAAUGGAAACAAUGGAGUUUAUCGAGAAUAAGAAAAGAUUUUUAAAAGGUGAACCAACUUUUCGAAGUUUGCUUUGGUAUGAUGAUUCACUGCAUAGUGAAUUGUUUGGUGGGCAUUCAGGUUAUCAACAGCAAUCAAAUUUAUAUCCUGCUUUUCAGAUGAGAUUAAAAUACAAUGCCCUUAAUGAGUUACAAAUCUACCACAAGCAGUUAAUGGAAGCUUUUGAAAACACUAUCUCUGAGAAUAAUUCUUAUUAUUGCUUGUUGAAAUUAAGGCGAGAAAUAGAGGAAUGUGAAUCAAUAAUGAAACAGAAUUCCAAUUUAUCUGAUUUUUUUUUAUCUGUGCCUUUUACUUGUGGAGCUAACUUUGGAGAUUCUAUUGAAGACCUAGAAAAUUCAAGAAAAAAUACAAUGGAUUUAAUAAAUAUAUCUAAAAGCCUUCCAGGCAUGAAUUUGAGUGCUGAAAAAGAUAAUCAUCUCUGGAUUAUUAUUGAGAUUAUUGGUAAAAAAAGAGAAUUUGUGAAGACUUGUACCAAUGAAGAGUUUAAUCUUAAAACUUCAUUAUUUGGUCUGGAACAUAUAUUUUUUGACGCUGCUAAAAAACUUGCAUGGCCAGAAAGAAAUAUAUCUUUAAAUAACAAUUCAAAGGAUGAGAAAGAAGUCCUCCAAAUAUAUGAAAUUGCUGUGGUUAAGCUCUUUGAUAUUUAUGAGCGUAUGAUGGAAGAUUCUGGAUGUGGAAACGAUAAUAGAACUUUUGGAGGAAAUACUGAAGAAUGUAAAGAAAACUCUUGUAACAGUAAAGCUGUUUGCUCUCAACAAAAUGCAAAUUGCUUCAUUGAAAAGGCUGUAACUUUACAAGACACUUGCAAUAUAAGUGAAAUCUUGGAUGAAGCACAGUCUGCCGAUAUUGAAAGACUGCAAGAGCUCAUGGGCAAAUGUACAGUGCACAUGGAAAUUCUGAAAAAGUGUUUUCAGAUUUUACAAGAAGAGGAUGUAACCAUACUGAUAACCCAAGAAAAUAUAUUGAACUUCAUGAAGGAUGGAGGAAUUAAUCCUGUCAUUCUGAAGCCAGAAGCUAUCGAAAUAUAUACUGAAUUGACAAUGAUGUAUGAAACUAUUUUUUUUCUGAAAAACUCAAUAGCAAAACAAGGAGAUAAUCCACGAUUUCGUAGUUUACUAUGGUUUGAUUUAUCACUUCUACCCGAACUUUUCCAGUGCCAAGAAAAAAUGGCAUUCCUGUCUUAUCGGAAAGAUAAGCUUUUAGAAACUGUGGAGGCUUCCAUAUUUGAACUUCAGGAGGAGAUGAGCUUUAUUUAUGACUAUACAGAAACCUUAAAUUGCUCAUAUGCGCUUCAUCUUCUCACAAGAGAACUUGCAGAACUUUCAGAAACAAGGAAAAUGUUAGAAACAUCUAAGUCGCCUGUCUCCAUGUGUGUAGACUUGGAGCCACAUGCUAUGGGUUUAAAUUAUGGAAGUACAGUUUCUGAAUUAGACCUUAACUAUAACCAGUUUUCUUUACUUCUCGAAAGAUUGAUGUUGUCCAAAAAGAAAGAUGUAGGAAAAAUGGCUCACAUUAUGAAGGUGAUGAAAACCAUUGCGCAUAUGAAGUUUAUCUGUUCUGAACAGGGGAAAUCACCUCUUCCUGUUGUUAUACAUCAAAUGCUUAAAAACGGGAGAAAAACUUGUCGGUUGAAACGGCAGCUUGUGGGACCACAGUUGGAUCACGGUGGCCAAAAUCUUCAGGCUUCCCAAAUCCUACACAAAAGAUCAUUUAAUGUAACUUUAGAAGAUGAGCCCUGCCCAUCGGAAGGAAAAAAUGAUGUCUCACAUAACAAAAAGAAAAAGGUAGCUGCUUCAUUGAAGACAACUACCAAGAUAGAUGAAAAAGAAGUCAACAGAAACGUGAGAAACAAUGGAAAGUGUAAACCCUCAGGAGGUGGACAACAGUUAAAAACUCCACUGGAAACCCAAUAUAGAAACAAUAGGAAUUUGAGAGAGAGAACACCAAUCAUAUAUUCACAAUUAAAAGCUGCUUAUCCUUGUGAACUUAUUCAUGCUUCACCAAAUACCUCAGAACUGAAAUUGAAUAAUGCAGAUGUAUCUCCAGUGAAAGUUCAGAGAUCUCCUGAAGAAGCUAUUAGCUCAGUGGAAAAAUUAGGUGAAGGUGAUUUUGUACUGGCCACAAAAAAUGCACAGCAAAAUUUAAAAUUGGGUGGUUUUCAAAAUUAUUCAAAUGUAGAGUCUGAAUGCAGCAUGGACAUCAGUUUAUCCCCAGACAAUAGUGCAAAUAGUGAAAAAUCUGAAAUUUCCAAAUGCCCACCCGUAUAUAACUCAGAAUCCUCAAUGGUGACAGAAUUAAAUAAAUUCAUGGAACAGCAAAAUUCCCAAUCUGAACCUUUCAGUGACAAUAUCCAAAAUUCUGAUGAAUGGUCUGCUAUUAGUCAAAAUGAAUAUUUUGAGGGAACAUCAAUGCACAUUUAUGGGACUGUCUAUCCUUACUAUUCAUGGUAUCAAACUAGUAAUUCCCACUUAGUAACUCAUACUUACCAAGAAUUAAAUUCCCAUGAAAUAUAUCCACUUAAUACCUCAGUGUCUGCAACUGCAUGUACAGUGAACACUGCAUAUUCCAGUAGGUUUCACACAGAGACUAUUAGUCACUUUAGUGUUAGAGAAUCACAAAAUUUUAAUAUUGCACAGGCCUAUCCACUGUACCAGUACUUCAGUUCCAUAGCAGGCUAUCCAUAUAGUUAUCAGCAGCAGCAAACUUGGUAUGAAGAAAAUUGGCCUUUGUCACAUACUGUUUUUCCAUAUCCUCCUGCUAUUGAUUUGUGAAACAAUGCCAUUUCAGAGGUGGUAUUCAGCAGUUUCUGACUAGUUCUAGAGAACUGGUAGAGGAAAUUUUGGCAAAUACCACCUCUGACUGGAGAUUUUAUAGGAUCCUUCCCUGCCAUGCCCACCAAGUCAUGCCCGCAGAACUGGCAGUAAAAAAAAUUCAAUCCUGCGAUUGUGCCAUUUCAAUAAAUAUUAAAUCACCAAUAUUUCUGGAGGUAAUAUUUUUUGAAUGACAAUGAUUGUUAGUAUCUUUUUUGUCUGACAAAAUACAGUUUCAGUUAAGACACAGGGAUGGUGAAUUGCUUUUGAGCUUCUUAGGUUUCCUCUUGCAUAUUAACACAGCCAUGACUGUAUGGAAGAAAUAGUAUGACCCGAUAUAUUAAAUUUAUUUGCUGCCUAUCUCACCAUGGGGCUAUUCUGGGUGGCUUAACAACAACAAAAAAGAAGAAAUGUGUCAGGUCCCAUAGAUCUUUAUUUGGAUGCUGCCAUUCUGGUGGGGAGGGGGCCUGGAGGCGUUCCUCAGUUUAUACCUUUCUUCCUGGUGCCUAUCCUGUGCUUUAAUUUACCUUCCUGGAAACAGGGGGGGGGGGGGCAUCUGUUUUGUCUCAGCUCCAGAGCCUCCAGCAAGCAGUGCCUGAGAACAGCUUCUUAUCAACUUCUCAGCCUGCAGUUAUCAAAACAUCUUUGUACCUGCAGACUGGCUUAUUUGACACCAAGCUGAGGGGAGGGGUCUCUAACUAUUUUAAUCUAGCGGAAUUGCGCAGAAAUCCUCAGAUCCUGCUUUCUUUGU